CAUUCAUACAUAUAUUUCUAUCAUUGCUUUUCUCAUUGUAUCAUUCCCUUUGCGCGAGUUCCCCCUGAACUCAACCAAUCCCAUUUAACUUGCUCAUAUGUACGAUAUUUGUACAUACAUUAAAGUUGCAUAAGUUUACAUUCAUCUAGAAUCUACAUACAGUCCACUGAAAGUCUUUUGUUAAAACUAUUAACUAGUUAUAAGGAAAUUUCGUAAAUGAAUUACAACUUGAAUUAAACCAUUACUUUCAAAAUCUUAAUCGCAAUUUCGUCAAUUCUUAACACAGGCAAAGCACCAAAUUUAUAACAAAUGGCUAAGGUUCUUCUAACUGCUGCUGAUAAGUAUGCGCCCGAAAAACUGAAAGUGAAAUGCCAACAGGCUAUGUGUAGUAACCUCUCCGUAGAAAACGCAUUGGAAACUUUAGUAUUCGCCGACCUACAUAGUGCGCAUCAAUUGAAAGCACAAGCCAUAGAUUUCAUAAAUAGUCAUACCACUGAUGUGCUGGCAACUUCCCGCUGGCAGAGUAUCACCCCUAUUGCGAGUGUCGACUGGCAGUAGAUAAACGACUAUUAAGCGAUUAUCGAUUAUCGAUGCUAUUGUGAGUGUCGCUUAGUCGCUCAAUGAGCGACUGUGAAUAGUUUUUAAUCGCUUAUCCUUCUACUGCUAUUUUUGAGUCGAUAGAGUUUGCGUGAGCAAAAUUUU